GCAUGUCUCCUUUUCUGGUAUUUCUGAAGCUAGGGAGCAGGAAAGGAGGUGGGGAGGGAGGAGAGGGGAAGGAGUCUGUAGGUCUGCUGAGUUCAAAUUCUAAAGAAGAAAGAGCUCUAAUGUUUCUGCUGAUGCUGCUGACAAAAGGAAAAAAAAAAAGUGGAUUUGUUGGGUGCUUGCUGAUGUUUCUUCCAUAAUGUUUGGGUGUGAGAGCCAGUGGAGACGGUGGUGAGAUGGUUAAUGGUCCACAGCUACCGCGGCUUGUUACUUGCAAGCUACUAUGUUGGGCCAAGAGGUGACUCCAGCAGGAAUUCUGAAGAGCCAAAAUGAUGUGACAGUGAAUAAUGAGUAGUACCAACUGUGGCAACUCUUCAGCUAAGAUGAGUGUCAACGAAGUGUCAGCUUUCUCGUUGACUCUGGAGCAAAAAACUGGCUUUGCUUUUGUUGGGAUUUUGUGUAUCUUCUUGGGACUUCUUAUCAUCAGAUGCUUCAAAAUCCUGUUAGAUCCAUAUAGUAGCAUGCCUUCCUCUACAUGGGAAGGUGAAAUUGAAGAGUUUGAUAAAGGGACAUUUGAAUAUGCACUUGCCUGAGCGUUUCAGCUUUAUAGUUUUUAGGGUUAUACCACUGGGGCACAUG